AGAAGAAGAAGGGAAGAUGUUGUUCCAGGUCGGAGGGCAAGGAACGCGGCCAACGUUCUUCGAGAUGGCGGCGGCGCAGCAGCUCCCGGCCAGCCUUCGCGCCGCUCUCUCCUAUUCGCUCGGGGUGUUUGCCAUGAGAAGACCAUUCCUGCAUAAGGUUUUGGAUUAUGAAGAUGAGUUCUUUGCGUUGUUGAUGCUGGUCCUUGAAACUCACAGCUUAAGGACUGCAGAUGCUUCUUUUGCGGAGUCUUUGUAUGGCUUGAGAAGAAGAGCAGUGGAGAUUAUACCCGAAAAGCAUACCUCGCUCAAGGAAUCAAAUGAUAGGAUGCAUCUAUCUGGACUGCGGAAGAAGCAGAAAAUUCUCUCAGUUGCAUUUAUGGUCAUUUUGCCCUACAUAAGGUCCAAACUGCAUUCAAUCUAUAACCGGGAGAGGGAAGCAAGGCUUCAAGCAAGCCUUUGGGCUCAUGAUGACACAAGAUUGGGGGACACAGACUAUCUCCUGGAUCGAAGAGAAAUUUCCCCUGUAAGUGAUGGGGAUAUGGUUGUGGAAGAAUCAAGCUUGAUGCAAGCUAAGAGAAAAAUUAUGGCAGUGAUCGGUGCUUGCUACCCAAGUAUUCAUGCAACCAAUGAAGGACUAUCAUUUGCUUACCAACUGUUAUAUCUGUUGGAUGCUACUCGGUUUUACUCUCCUAGCCUUCAUGCCUUGGGUGUUCAAGUAUCCCGUGCAACUGGACAGGAAUUGAUGGAUGCAGCAUCAAGGAUUUCAAGGAUUAGAAGUCGUGAGAUUGAGAGGCUACGUGGUCCUCCCUGGCUGAAGGCAUUUCAGAGGAUUCUACUCAGUUGUAUUUACACAAGUUUGGAUUAUGCCCAAACUGGACUAAUUGCUGCUGUAUUCUUUUUCAAAAUGAUGGAGUGGUGGUAUCAAUCUGCUGAAGAAAGAAUGUCAGCACCAACUGUAUAUCCCCCUCCCCUUCCUCCACCUCCUCCAAAGGUUGCGGAGGAAGGAAUUCCAUUGCCAUCUGAUAAGUCUCUCUGUCCUCUGUGCUCCCAGAAGCGCGUGAGUCCAUCAGUUCUGGCAGCUUCUGGUUUUGUUUUCUGUUACACUUGUAUCUGUAAGUACAUCACACAGUACAAACGUUGCCCUAUCACGUUGAUUCCGGCAACAGUCGAGCAGGUCAGGAGGCUCUUCCAUGAUUUUUGAAGUGCUCUGCAGCUGAAUAUUUCCAGCCAGCUUGUACCUGAUCAUAAACCCCAUGCCACUGAAGCAAUGAUGACAUCACUACCACCUUGUGGGAAUGUGUAUUGUGUUCAGUUCCUACAAUGAGCAACAGCUGCCACCUUGCAAUGGCAGUUUGGGAGGAUGCCUUCCCUGAAAACUUUCAUAAAUUAGUUCUAAUGUUAUUUAUAGACCAGAGCUAUGUUUCGUUCUGAAUAAUUUGAUGCAUAGAUUUGUAUAGUUACAUUCAUAGUUCUCAAUCAUUUGUGAUAUACAGAAUUUUCAAUAUGUGCCCCAAGGUUUGAGCAUGUACUCUUAAUAAAUAUUUCCAGGAACUA